UUUGAAAGCGCUGUAACCGGAAGUAUUGAUGUUGCUACUGCAUGGCGGAACAAGCGUGACUAUUCAAUAAUAAAUAAUUCAAGUAGAGUAACCGUGUUCAGUUGUAUUGAGUUAAAGCUGGUCCAUUUUCAUUUUAAACAAGAACAUUUAAACGUACUUCGAAGCUGUUCAGCUCCCUGUAUAUAUUGAUACGGAGUUUGUUCUGAAAAUACCAUCGUUGUGUCUGUUUGUCAGUCUGCUAGUGAGCUCUCUGAGCAGUUUGGAGAUGUGCUCUCAGACGAAAGCUGCAUCCCUGAUGGCUAACAUCCCGCGGGCAGACAUCGACCCCUCCGGAGUGUUUAAAUACGUCCUGAUAAGAGUUCACAGCAGAGAGGAGGGGGACGACUCGGAGAUAGAUAUAGUCCGAGGAUACGGAUGGGCUGAGUUCCAUGCUGAUAUCUAUGAUAAAGUUUCUGAGGAGCUGGAGAAGGGCGGCCAGCUGGACUGUGAGUGUAUCGGAGGAGGGAGGAUCCAACAUGAGCCCCAGGACAAGAAGAUCCACGUCUAUGGAUACUCAAUAGGAUUUGGAAGAGCGAACCAUGCAGUAACCACUGAGCAACUGAAGGCUCAGUAUCCGGACUAUGAGCUGACCUGGGACAAUGAAGGAUACUGAACUGAACUCAGAUCAGCGUCUGUUGGACGCCCUUUCUCCUGAACAGCACGGCACGCAUAUGUAACCCCUGGAGCUUUUUGAUAACCCAAGACUAAGACUGACGUACAGCUACAAGCCGGUUUUGGACUUAUCUUAAGUAACAAUAUGUCUUUAAAAAAAGAUCAUGAUCGUAAUUAUAAUCCUUACCAUGGAACAUCAUCUGGAAAUCAUAAAAUAAAUAACACUCAUUGACUUGUUUUAGAGUCACAUUGGAACUAAUUGCUAAGAUAUGUUGUGAUAUUUCAUAAACGUUUUAUGAAAUGAA